AAAUGGAUAUUUUAACUGAAUUACGUAAAGAUAUUGAAAAAGCUAAACAAGAUAUCCUCAAUGCUAUUAUGGAUAAUCUGCAACAUACCAAAAUUUAA